UUAUUAUUAUUGUUAUUGUAUUCACCAUACAUUUAAAUCGGAAUAAACAAGAAACAGUUGAAUGCUGUACAACACCGUCGAUUCGAUAUGGUUUUUCCAGCGUCAUAUCGAUACAGCAAGAAGACUCGUUUUCAUGUUCUGGUCAGAGUACAAGUGGAGGUUAUGUUACUAUAAGUAAAUGUGUUUAACCUUGUGUCAUUUAUUUGUCGAUAAUAGAAACAACCAUGCAUAGAUUGUGGGUGCAAAGAUGUCUUCAAAUUCAAGGAUUGAAUUUUGCACCAAUUUCCCGAAAUUUAAAUAGUAACACUGCUAGCAUCUGUAAAAUUCAUCGAAAAGUAUAUGCCAGAAUGUAUCCAACUGUUGUCGUUCGUCCAGAUGGCUCUACUAUCAAUAUCAGAUAUUCUGAUCCAAGAAAAAUUAUCAGACUGCCUUUAGAUCUUUCCACUUUAUCUGAAGAACAACGUAAAGCACGUAUAGAAGCAAGAAAGCCAAUAGAGAAAGUUAAAAUUGAAGAAGAAAUUGUUGAUGAUUUUGAUCCCAGUAAAUAUGUGAAUUUGAUAAAGAAAUGAACUUUGCUGAUCUUCAAAUUUAAAAAUUUGUUUUAUGGUAGAUUCAAAGUGAUUAUUAUUGAAUAAAAUCACAUUGUACUGUAUAAAAUUGUUUUUCUGUGUUGAAUAUAAAUAAUUUUUAGUUGAUAUUAUGUACUUUUAUUUAGACUCAAUGAGGGUUAUAGUAAUGCAUAAGUACACUAAGCACUUGCAUGGGCCCCCGUGCUGGGUAAUCCCUCCAAUAAUUUUUAAACAAAAAUUUUAUAUUUUUAUACACUAAGAUAACAUCAUUUAAUGUUUAAUUUUUCUACUGCUGAGGAAAUCAUGUAUUUUUUUUAAGUUAGUUUAUGUUCAUUUCUAGUAGAGGGCCUCAUAGUUCAGUUCUUUUUGACGUCCCAUUACUUAUUAACCUAGCCACAACCCACCCAUGUCAUGCCCUAAAUAAUCUUCUAAUUUUUCAUCAAAUUAUUAAUUUAUUGAUUUUAUCAAAAAUUCUGCUUUUUCUUUUACAUUUUGGGAUAUUUGUUCAAGGAAAGCAAAAGCCUUCCUAGGUAACAGUGAUAUAAUGAAAAGUUAGUGAAACAAUUUGAGUAGUAAAAGUCUCAAGAGAAGGUGUGAGAAUCUGUGAUGGUAUUGUUUUGUGGAUAUUCCCAUUACUUUGUAAGUCCGUGAGAAAAGCAGCUCUCACUUUCUUUUUCUUCAGGAACAUACUAUUGUUUUAACCAUUUUUUAAUAAAUAAUAUUGCUUUCGGUAAUUAGAAAUUUAUUAUAUUCCGAAAUAUACAUUUAUUAUUUUUUUCUGAUCUUUCAUUUCUCUAAAAUGAAAAGUUUAAUUAUUUCUAAUUCGCAAUACCUAUACUGCGAUUUGAAAGUUUGUUAGAGAGAGGCGCGAGGCCUCUGGGAAUGCUGACGUCAGAUCAUGUGCUUUCUACUUGUACUGCCAGAUGUCGCUGCUGCAUGAUAAUGGCGGCUGGAGAGUGUGUCUCGUGAAAGUUACUCCAGUUUACCUUUGGAUAUGGUGACGACUACUAGUCUUGGAUUGUUGCAGUCUUAAUAGUGGAAUCAAUUCGGCAGCUAAUACUUAAAUUCAGUGAAUGUUCGGUUCUACGCAUUUUGUGUUACAUUUCGAGUGAAAACCUUCUUCAAUGACACUGCAAGGAACCAUUUUCGUCCAAGCCAACUUAACUCCAAUUAAUUGGAUGUGACUAGGCACUGUUUACAUCUGCUUAUAUGGAUGUUAAUCACAUUCUCUCUGGGUGCCGUCGGGUAUCUUCGGACCGAUUGUUCACUCAUGGCGUAGAUCUUCUCAGUUUCUGCGUCCAGGACACGAGUUGAGAAAUGUCAGUUAACUGUUUGACACUUGCCCAAAUUAUUCUGCAGUGAUAUUCAUGCAAUAAUGAGGACUCCGGAAAGUUUACUUCGUAUCGCACUAAACUUGGUUGUGUUGGAUAUGUGUCAGUUUAUAACCUAAAUGUUUAUUAUAAAUUCAUGUAAAGUUGUACCUUAUAACCAUGUUAGGUAAAUCAAGUGGAAGAGGGGGCAGUGAUAGUGGAUAUUGUGAAAAUCAAGUUAGUGAUGGCAAACAAUCUCGGAUAUGUGAAGAAGACCUUAUCACCCCAGUGUCAUCUCCUCUGCCUCAAACAACACCAGCAGUAAUGGGUAACACAGACAUUGAAGAUAACAACCCUCUUUCUACAAAUAAAUGUCGCAUGACAGGAUCAUCAUGUCAAGCAUUGAGGCAUGCUGUUGCUGCAUUAAACCGUUUGGAUGAUUUCACUUGUGAGAAGAUAGGUUCUGGGUUCUUCUCUGAAGUUUUCAAAGUGACUCAUCGCAGCACGGGGCAGGUGAUGGUGCUCAAGAUGAAUCUGCUGCGUUCCAACAGGCCCAACAUGCUCAAGGAGGUGCAGCUCAUGAACAAGCUCUCGCAUCCCAACAUCCUGCGGUUCAUGGGAGUGUGCGUGCAUGAGGGCCAGCUGCACGCGCUCACCGAGUACAUCAACGGCGGGUCGCUGGAGCAGCUGAUUCAGAACCGGUCGCUCGAUCUGCCGCAUUCGACACGCAUCGCACUGGCGCGGGACAUCGCCAGCGGCCUGGAGUACCUGCACGGACGCGGCGUCUUCCACCGCGACCUCACGUCCAAGAAUGUCCUCAUAAGGAAAGGUGACAAUGGGCCUCUUGAUUUAACUGCUGUAGUAGGAGAUUUUGGAUUGGCUGCCAAGAUUCCAGAUCCAGUGAGUGGCUAUCGGCUUCCCACUGUGGGUUCCUUUUACUGGAUGUCACCAGAAUGUCUCAAAGGGCAGUGGUAUAAUGAAAAAUCUGAUGUCUUUUCAUACGGCAUUGUCCUCUGUGAGCUAAUAGCUCGCAUUGAGGCAGAUCCAGAUUUUCUGCCUCGUACAGAAAAUUUUGGCCUAGACUAUUUAGCAUUCAGUGCUAUGGUGGGGAGUUGCCCUCCUGAUUUCCUAAAACUAGCCUUCCAUUGCUGUACGUUUGAGCCAAAGAGUCGUCCUUCAUUUGCUGAAAUUGUUCCAAGAUUGGGCCGCAUACUAGCAGACUUGGAAACAUCUCUUGUGGCAACUGAAGACAGAGAUGAGGGUGCUCCCUGCUCCUUGCCUGUGGAGCCUCGCUCGGUUGGCAGCUUGGGUCCUGGAGCUCGGAGUGAGGAAGUAAUCCCAGCAAUUGUUACAGGCGCAACAACAGGAAAUGAUCCUACACGCAGACGCAAAUUGAGCCAUCGACGAUCUUUAUCUGAGGAUGUUAUUCCACCACACACGGCUCCAUCAGACAAGGCUCGCUGCCAUCAGAUGCUUAUGUCUCCACAAACAGUUGGUGAAACUUGGAGUAGAAAAGAUCCUCACUAUAGGCCAUUGCCUGUGCCUCGUUCAAAUCCAUUUGCUGCACUUGCCCAACUUCGAGGUGUUCGCAAAAUCAUUACAGGUGCAGAUCUUUUUUCCUCCUGUGUAGAACUUCCCAAUCCUCCUCCUACACCUACUUCAGCAUCAACAGAAAAUGGCCUGCCUCCUGCGAGAUCUUUACCUGUGUCCCCAACCCUUCCUAGAAGGACUCCAACUUCUCCAUCUAAGGUCAAAACCUCAUCCCCUGCUGACACUAAUUUUCCUUGUUGUUCCUCCGGUUUAGUACUUCCAGAUACGUUGGGUCCAACUUCUACCCCACUUGUUGGAGGAAGGGAAGCUGGUGAUAAUAUGCCAUGUCACAGUCUUCUAAAAUCUGGCCCUGAGAAACUUGUAUCAGUCUCAGAGCCUCCAGGAACAAAAUGUUCUCCUCCUAGUGUCCCUAGUGUAAAUGUGACAGAAGGACAAGAAAGUGUUCCAUCUUUUCUUCCCUCUUCUCCAUUGUUCAUUGAUGAGAGUAGAAUGACACCCAUGCGGUUCACCAACUUAAGUAAAUGCCCUUCUCACAUGGGAGAGACAUGUUGUAGGAUGCUUUCAUCAAGUCCAACUCUUUUACCAGAAGAUGAAAUGGGAUGCUUAUCAAACCAUUUAUCAGAAGAGUUGGAUGUUAUUACCAAUGUUGGAGGAUCAGUUGGUGGCAAUAUACUACCGAGAGGCUGUACCUCUUCUUUGAACCUCUCUUCAGAACUUGAUGGCAGCAGAACUAGUGCACUGACUACUCCUGGAGUAAAUGGCAGCAGCUGCCUUUUUGCAAGAGGUUAUGCUUCAAGCCUUAAUCUUUUGACAGAAGAACCUGAUCCAAACAUAUCAGACUCUUCCAGAUUGAGACGGCGUGGUUCAUGCGAAUCAGGAUUUUUUAGUAGUGCGGGAGAAGACCUUGUUGUCCCAGGUAAUCCACAUGCCACUGCUACUGCAUCCUCCUCUGCAACGCUCUCCUCCUCUUCUGCUGCAUCGUCACUGUUUCUCCUAGAUGACUCUUCAUCAACGGAAGAACAGCCAUUCAGACACCCCUCCCUCUUAUUUUCUGCAUCAAAACGGGCUUCCUCAGUUUAUACAGACAGCUCUGAAGAUGUGUCAAGUUUGGGAGGAGAAGACAGGGGGCAUAUCAGUAAGAUAGUUGAAUAUUUUGAACGUAGGGGACGAGGCAUUGAGGACAUGUGGGAUUCUCCUGAUCGCCACCAGCGGGACAUGAUGUUCCUAGGGUCUCGUGGCUCACCUGUGGAUUUUGCACGGCGAAUGGAAGGUGCAAGUUUAAAUGAUGCUAUAGUGCGUUCAUCAAAAAUGGCUGCAUUGCGCACAUCAUUAGAAAGAAUGACUACAGCUGCAAAUUCAGUGAGCCAGUGCAGUGCAUCUCCUCUGAGCACUCCACUGGUGGGUGCACGACGCAACACAACAGCCACGCAACGGUUGAUGAUCUGUGAAGGGGCUGUCAAGUCUAAGUUGCCUCUAUUUGAUAAAAAAUGAAGAGGAAAUUGAGUAAAAGAACAAGUUGUACUGAAUGCACAGUACUGUUGCAAGUUUAUGAACAUUAAAAUGCAUUGGCUGGAACACGAAUAACAUUAUUCCUCAUACACGUUUAUUUUGUGUGAAUUCUUUUGUUUAGUAUCAGAGUGGGAGAUAAUAGCUUGAGUUGAUAUUGAAAUUUCAACCCUUAAGGUCAGUGUAAUUCUGAAAUCAUAAUUUGUUGAAUGCUUGCAACAGUUUUUGUGCCAUUCUGUGAUUUGCUCAGGAUAAUUUUUAAAUGAAAGCUGGCUUAUUGUAAAUGCAGAAUCAACUUGUCCAUCCUAUUGCGGGAUCUUUUCUCAGCCAUUCUACACUUGUUAAGUGAACAACAUUUGUACAUAUGAGUAUGAAUUAUACAUAUACCAAAACUUUCUGAAAGAAAGUAUGAGUGAACAAAGUACAUCCAAUGAGUUGUUUGAAAUAACAAUUCAUUAACAAAUCUUUGUUGGUAGCUUUCAGUAUUCAUAUUUAGCAGUUCAUGAUGUAUAGUUAUUUGUUUCUAUAUGAUGAAUGAAUCAUCAUAUUUAGAACUUGCUAAAAACCUGGCAAAUGGUUAUGAGUUCUACAUUAAUUUUGGUGUAAUUCCAGUGCCCUUAAAUGAAGUAUAAAAUAAGGACAUUGAAGAUUAUUAUAAUUUUUUUUACAUCCGUUUGAAGUACAUUUGUUGCAGAUAAUUUAAAACUUGAAAGUUGAACUGCAUAUCAUGGACUGGAAUGCUGAUUAGCUUCUUUACUGCAUAAAGAUGUGGAAGGCUCCAUCAAACCGUCCAAUUUUUUUAUUUGUAUGUACUCAAAUCAGGGUUUACAUCUGGGCAAUUUUCCUCUCUUGGGCCUAUUGCUUUGUUUUCAUUUAGUUUGUUUUGGCUGAGUCUUAAAAGCGCCAUGUGAUAUGGUGCCAGUUCUGUAUCAGAAUGGGUCAUGGGAAUGGUUGAUUUACAGUUUUAUCUGUAUUAUUGGUAUUGAUACUCGUGGUAUAAAAGUGUAUAUUUUUUAAAGAUGUGAACUAUGUACAGUAUAUGAAAUUUUGAUAGACUUAGAAUAUUUUAUGACUGCUCAAAACAAUCAGGAAUAAGGAAUGUCAGUUGACCUGAGGAUAUUAAUGCCAUUGUUGCUGUCAUGAUUUUUAAAAUUCAUUUUGUUACCCAACUGUAAAUAAUUUAUGCUUUUGUAUGAUGCUGUAUCUAUAAAUAUCGAUUUCGAUAUGCAAAUUUUGAUAAUAGGAUUUCAAUAUGCAAAUUUUGAUAAUAGGAAUUCUUUCUUUUGUUUAUUCAUUGCUUUGUAAUGUUUUACAUACUUCAAUGAAUGUUGUUGAUGAAGUUUUCUAUCUGUUUGUAUCUUCGACAAGCUUCCUAUAAUCCUUAAAAAAAGUCACUUCUCCAGUGCUGGUUUAAGAUUGCUGUUUAUUUUAUGGGGAUCUUGUAGAAGCUAGUCAUGGAUACUGCAGCCUAAACAAAAAAAAAAAUCAUGUUUCCUAGAGUCCAAAAUCUAUUAGUUUAAGAAGUAAAUACAUAAAUAAUGAAUGAACAUCAUGAAAAAGAAGUAAUAUGAGAAAUCCUAUUAUUAGUAAUUUAACUUCAUGGUAAAAAUUUAUGUAAAAUGUAGACAAUCCUGUAUUUAAAAAAAAAAUUCUAUCAGUAUUGAUUUCUCCCGUUUAGUUUGUAGCUCUUCUUUUAAUUUAUAUCCCUAAUCAAACACCAAAAAUAGUGCAUAGCACAGUCUAUGCAAAUAAUUAUGUUCCAUGUAGAGCAGGUUACAGAGUUACAGGAACUGUUUAAUUGCAUUGUUAUUGGACAGUCAUCAUUCAUACGUUAUAUAUCAUUUCAUGAAUAUGAUACUAUCAGUUUUUCUAAAACGGAAUUUACUAGAUGAAAAGAUUUUAAAGUAUUUUUAUAUGCAGAAGAGUGUAUUUUAUUACUUUCACCUUCCUGGAAUUCACAGAAUAUGUGACUUUUACACUAAAAUGCAAAUACAUUUCUGUGUUAUAUACACAUACUGGACUCCAUAUUUGAUAUUACAGUGGUUGCAAAUUGCAAAUGUUAACUCGAUAUACAAAGAUGUUUAUCUUCAGAAGAUGUAUUAUUACUCUUUUAAGCUGUUUUCAUGCUUUGAGUUUUAUGGUUUUUUGUUGCAAAUAUUUAAGAUUACUUUCUAAGCUUCAACUGUCAUCAAUGCAAUAUCUGUCAUCCUGUAGAAUGAUCUGUGCUUCCAUGAGAACAUAAUCUGUGUCUCUUUCUGAUUUAGAGUGUGAAAGCAUUCCAAACUUGAAAUUCAGUUGCAAUUAUCUGAAACACUUUUAUCAGAUAAAAUUCUAUGUAAUUUAUCUAGUUUUGGGUUUUCUGAUAAAGUAGCAGAAUAUAUUAGAUUGUCUGAACUUUAAUAGGAUCCUAGAAAAUAUUAUCCGAUGGUAAGUAUCCACAGUUUGUUUCGUGGAUACCAGAAGUGUACGGAAAUUCAUUUUGUAUUUGCUCCUAAGUAAACAAGUGAAAUUAUCUCUACAGCAUCAUCCAUACAAAGUGUCAGAUCAUAGGUAUGCAUUGGCAUGUAUUGACACAUUUUUGACAGUACAUAUCAUACAUUCAAAUUAUUAAACAGGGAUGUGAAGGAGGACAUGUCUGCACUGAGUGCCUUGUAACCUGUUAAUGAGCUGUUGUAAUUUGAUUUGUGUUCCAAAGCUAAUCAUUUUUCCUGAUGGUUUUGAAAUUAUAAAGCUAUUUUAAAAAAUAGCUCAAUUUCAAAACUCAGUAGUCCUCUUCCGUUUCAUGAUGGAAUC